AUGUCCCAGACUACCACCCAGGCACCCGCUCGGAAUCAGCUCGUCUCCCCAGAGACCGAGCAGGUUGAGCAGAAGCUCGCGAGUCUCCGGCUCACGGGCGCGGCUGCUCCUCUGCAGCUGGGCAAGUCACUUGAUCAUUUCCAGAAGACGGACUCGACACCCCUGAUUGGCACUGAGUUCGCUCGGGGCGUCCAAAUUGCUGAAUUACUUAAGGCGCCCAACGUCGAUGAGCUGAUUCGCGAUCUCGCGAUCCUCGUGUCGCAGCGUGGCGUGGUCUUCUUCCGUGACCAGGAGCUCACUAUUGAUGAGCAGAAAUCGCUCGGCACGAAGCUCGGCGAGCUCAGUGGCAAGCCUGCUUCCUCCAAGUUGCACAUCCAUCCCGUCACUGCAGAGGCCUCCGAGCUCGGCGACGAGAUUAGCGUCAUCACUUCCGAGAGGAAUCGCGAAUACGUCGCCUCUCGUGUUGACAGGUCGACGCUCUCUGCGUUGAACUGGCACGCAGAUAUCACCUUCGAACCCAUCCCGUCGGACUAUGCCAUCCUGAAGAUCCACACCCUUCCGAGCUUCAGCGGCCAGGUGACGGGCGGUGACACGCUCUGGGCUUCUGGCUACGAGGUCUACGACCGCCUGUCCCCGUCCUUUGCCAAGUAUCUCGAGACGCUCGAAGCCGUGCACGAGGCGCGCUUCUUCCACAAGGUCGCGAAGGGCCUCGGCAACAAGCUGCGCAGCGACAUUGAGCGCGGCUCUCCGGGCAACAUCGGCGGGCACCUCGAGGCCGUACACCCCGUGAUCCGCACAAACCCCGUCACGGGCUGGAAGAGCGUGUUCGUGAACCCGAACUUCACGAAGCGCAUCGUCGGCGUCACCAAGGACGAGAGCGACACGAUCCUCAAGCACCUGUUCAACCUCAUUCAGCUCAACCACGACCUCCAGGUCAGGUUCAAGUGGGAGAAGAACUCGAUCGCGAUCUGGGACAACCGGUCCAACUACCACACUGCCACCUUCGACUAUGGCAAGGAGAAGCGUGUCGGCGACCGCGUCGUAUCUUUGGGCGAGAAGCCAUACUUCGAUCCGACGAGCAAGUCCCGUCGCCAGGCUCUUGGCCUCUGA